AAAAAUAUGUGGCAGUACUCCUCCGUAGACUAGUGGAUAUCGUCACGGCUCUCCAACCGAGAGAUGUGGGUUCGUAUCCCGGGAAGUCCAAUCAUGAUAUUACCGGAAUAAUUGCCAUAUAUGUAACCCAUACAAGCCACCAUAUCCAAUAUGUGAUGCUUAAAAGAAAUUAAAAAAAAGAAACGAUAUUGCAUGUCGAUGGCGAAAGAAGAAGACAGUCAAGACCAGCAAGACCUCCCUCUCUAGUCAUAAACGAAGUUGAGAGAGUUUGAAUUCAGUGAAUGUUUAUUUAAACUCGUGGUGUUAAAUUUGUUCAUACUCUUGUGUUAUUUUAAGUUGUGGAGUGAAUAAUUUGACGCAGCAGAAACCAUGAAUCCAGUAUUUGGCAUACAUGUGGGAAAUUCUAGUGCUUGUUUAGCAGUUUGUAAGCAAGAUGAUGGAAAGUUUAGUGUCGAAGUAAUUGCAAACGAUGCUGGUGACAGAGUAAUGCCAGCAAUCGUUACUGUUACUGAAAAUGAAAGUGUUGUGGGGGCUGCCUGCAAGUCACUUAUGAUCUCUAGAUGGAGUACCACAAUCAAAAAUAACAAGAUGAUGUUGAACAGAGAAGAUCCCGACUUUGUUGGUGAGGGAGAGCGCAAGGUUGCAACUGUAUUGGAAGAUGGAGAACUGUACUACAGUCUCCCCCUGGAAGACAGAGUCGAACUAAAGACACCCUUAGCAAUAGCUUCUUGUAUCUACCGUAGUUUAUUUGAGAUUGCCAAGAGUGCAGUGCCAGGUGUGGAAGGUGAAAUAUCAUGUGUGUUGAUGGUGCCCAAACAUUUCUCAGAGUCUGCAAGAUUCAAAAUCAAGACAGCUGCAGAGGCUGUAGGCUGGGAUGUGCUACAUAUUGUCAAUGAACCUGCCACUGCAAUUCUUGGGUAUAACCUACUCACAGGAAAGGUUCCACCGCCUCCACAGAAAGUGUUGGUGUACCGAGUGGGUGGGCAAACAUGUGAGGCAACAGUUAUUGACUUGACCCAUGGUAUGAUAACAGUUCUUGACACAGAACACUCAGAUAUUGUGGGUGGUAAAGCUCUCAUCAAAACCCUGACCAGUUAUCUGGCAGAUGCAUUUUACAGGCGGAACAGAUUAGACCCCCAGGACAGUCAUAGAUCUUUUAUGAAACUGACCGUAGCAGCAGAAGAGUGUAUCCAUGUGUUGUCUACCAUUGAAAGUGCCAACUGCUUUGUUGAUGGACUUUGUGAGGGUGUGGAUUUAAACCACACAGUGUCAAGGGCUCGGUUUGAGUCAUUACUCUUCCCGUUCUUGCAGUGGUUUGCUCAGCCGAUCUACACAGUCUUGGAGAGACUCCAAAUGACUCCUGAUAGUGUGUCCACGGUGUUGCUGUGUGGAGGAAUAUUAAAGGUGCCUAGACUGAAAAAAUCCAUCUCAGAUAUAUUCCAAGAGUCCUCUACCAAUGUUUUGCCAUUACCAAAUGGUGUAAAUUAUGACGAGGUCUUGGCUUGUGGAGCUGCAAGGCAAGCUGGUUACAUUGCCCUAGACCAGCUAGGUGAUUCGUUUCUGUCAAGCGAAAUUGUUAUUCCAAUAUUGAAGUCACCUCUUACAAUUCAGGUGGAAGGAGCUGAAUGUGAAAGCGUAGAGUUGAAGGCAGGCCAGCCCCUGCCACUUCACAGGACAAUGACACUGACGUCCUGUAGUGAGCUAGUAUCCAUCAUCGCCAUCCAAGUUGAAAGUGAUAACAUCAUGCUCAGGGGACAGUUGGAUAUUAGAGGAGUUGUAGACCCUACAGAUUUGGAUUUGGAAAUUGACAGUGAAAACGGCAUUAGAAUUGGAAUAAAUGAAUCUCCAGAGACUGUAAGACAUCUGAAGAUCAGGAUGUUUGCAAGUCCAAGUUUGUUAUAAGAAUUUCAUCCGUCUGCUGUGUGAUAUUUUUAAACUUUUCACAUGAAGAAUUUUUACUAUAAAGAUAAAUCAAAAAAUCUUGUUAAUUUUCGUUAGUACCAAUACAAAUUAGUACUCCUUAUGUUUUUUUUACUUGAAGUGUGUUAAUUUUUAAAUUUACAACUAAUAUCCAUGAGUUUUGAAUUUUUUAAGUUAAUAUGUUAAGUUAAAAAUGCAGGUGGAUACCAAAUGUUCAGACAUAUUUUUAUAUUUACCUGCCAAGGAGAAAGGACGUAAUCUUCUAGGAUAACAUAAUAUUGAUGUUAUAUUAUAUUAGAUGGAAGUAAUUGAUUUUUCUGAUUACUUUUGAAUAUAUGCCAAUUUUGACUCUGUGGUGUUACAUUCUGUAUUUUAUAUUCAUGAAAUUUACGUACAAAAAUGUUAAAAUUGUUUUUCCUAAACCUUGAAUAUGGGAAUGAAAA